AAACCAUCUCAUGGGGCCAGGAGUUGAAUCAUCUGUUCUCAUGGCAGACACGAUAAAAGCGAUCUGUGAAAGGCAUCAAGUGAUUGGGUCAUCUGAAAAUCCCAGUUCCUCUAACUCCUCACUUACCUUGGUUGAAUCCCUUACUCAGCAUGAGGACGCUCUGCCAAAUGAGUUCCAACAUGAGGAUGAACAUGGUCUUCCAGAUCUUCCACAUCUUUCAGAAACUUCCUUGGCAGAGCUGCAGAGAAAGGAUACGGAAAUGAGGAUUGUUAUUAAAGGAUUGGAGAGUGGAGUGAAACCCUGUAACCUGAGAGACCAACCACCUACCAUGGGUUUGUGGUUAAAAGAGUGGAACCGACUCGAGCUGCGGAGUGGAGUGCUGUAUAGGAGGCGGCAAGAGUGUGGAGCCUCUCGCUAUCAGUUGGCACUGCCCACCACAUUGAGAGACAUGGUGCUACGGAGCCUCCAUGAUGAUAUGGGUCAUCUAGGCAUUGACAGGACCCUGGAUCUCAUCAGGUCAAGGUUUUUCUGGCCAAAAAUGUCACAGGCAGUGGAAGAAAGGGUCAAAACUUGUGAGCGCUGUGUCCGUAGAAAAACACCCCCAGAAAGAGCAGCUCCUUUGGUAAACAUCCAAACUAGCAGGCCCUUAGAGUUGGUAUGCAUAGAUUUUAGGUAUUGAAUAUACACUUUGUUUAGCAAUUAUGUGAAAAUAAGAAGCAAGAGAAGCAAGGUCGUUUAAAAGUAGAUAGUUGUCAAGCUAAGGAAUUAGAGCAGCUAAAUUGAGUGAACCAGAAUUAACUAAAUAUCUAACUAUAUAAAUAAAUAACACACAGGGAGUCAUUAUUUGAGUAAAAAAAAUAGCUUUAUUCCAAGGAAUUUAUUUCAAGAGGUUUCUUUUGUGAAUUUAUUGAAGCUGUCAUUUUGUUUGUUUUUUUGUUUUCCCCUUUGUUGUUGGUUUUCUUCAACGUUACACAAAUUAAUACAAGUAUAAAAAAACCCUUACCUUUUGAGUAUAAAAGAAAAAAAUACUUACCUUUCGACUACAAACCUGUCUUUUGUGAUUAUUUCCCUUGUCUUGCUGCAAUACUGGCUCAAGAGCGAACGUAGACUUCUGAUCUGGUCCGAGACAUAGUAAACACGUAGACUGUAGGACGAGUGCUACAUGUAAAAAAAGUAGCAAAGUCAUCAGCUGUAAUAGAAGUGGUGGGAGGUGGUGGAGGGGGACAGAGGAGAGAAUUAAAUGUUCUGAAGAGAUUACGCAUGUCUGGAGCGCUGUUGAUCUUGUUGUGGAAAUGUGAGGAUUUGGCAGUGUGGACAUCAGCAGAGAAAGAUGAGAGCAGAGACUGAUACCUACUCAGGUCCGACGGGUUGUUUGAUUUGUGCCAUUUUCUCUCUGCCGCUCUGAGUUUAGUCCGAUGUUCACGAAGAACAUCAGAUAACCAGGGGUUAGAAGGGGCAGUCCGUGCUGACCUAGAGGAGAGAGGACAAAUGUCGUCUAGACAAGAAGUUAAGGUAGAGCAUAAAGUUUCAGUAGCUGCGUUUACAUCCAGAGAUGAGAAAUGGGUAGGUGAGGGAAGAGAGGAGGAUACCACAGAGGAAAGAUGGGAAGGAGAAAGGGAGCGCAGGUUUCGUCUAAAAGUAACUGGUAGGGGGGUUGGUGGCACACGGGUAGCAAAAUGUAGUGUAAAUGUAAUGAAGAAAUGGUCCGAGAUAUGUAGCGGUUGUACCAGAAUGUUAUCUGCAGUACAAUUGCGUGUGUAAAUUAAAUCAAGUUGGUUGCCUGAUUUGUGUGUGCUAGUAGUGGUAAGGCGAUUGAGAUCAAAUUAAGCUAGGAGCGAGUGGAAGUCUGUAGCAUAAGGCUUGUCUAGGUGAAUGUUGAAAUCACCAAAGACUAAGAGUGGAAUGCCAUCCUCCACAAAAGAGGACAACAACCCGUCCAGCUCCUCUAGGAAGGUGGCUAGAAUUUGGCCAGGGGGAUGGUAGAUUACCACAAUCUGGAGUUUUAUCGGAGCUGAUACAGUAAUGGCAUGACAUUCAAAUGAGUUGUAAUUGCAAAGGGUAGAGUGGGUUGAGUAUUUCCAAUUGUGUGAAACGAGCAGGCCAGUACCCCCACCCCGACCAACUUGACGCGAAGUAUGAGAGAAAGAGAAAUUAGUAGAGAGAGCAGCUGGGGUUGCUGAGUCUUCUGGACGAAUCCAGGUCUCAGUCAAGCCCAAGAUGCUGAGAGUGGAUUUUAAAGAAAAGGUAGAAAUGAAGUCAGCUUUGUUGACGGCUGACUGACAAUUCCAGAGACCCACAGAGAAAGCCAGAGGUGUAGUGGAAGAUGUAGAGAUAGGGCGUAGGUUAGCAGUAUUACGUUGCCUUCUGCGAGUGAUGUUAGAGCGUGGCUGAGAGAGAACCGGAAUGUUUUGGAGACACAUGAUAGAGGUAGAAGGAAAGAGGAUAGGAGAGCAGAGUGAGGAAGGAAAAAGAUACUUAAGUGUGUAGCUCGGUGUCGUUGCUCGGUUCAAGUCUCACAGGAAAAAGUCGCAGGUCUUUACACGAGGAGGCUGAACACGACGGCUGAACGCUCCUCAAACAAAUACACAGUCUAGAGUGAAAAAAAGCUGUGGUCGCUUUUAAUUAGCACAACCACCAGCCAAUCGCAGGGCAAUGGCUCAAAUCGAAACUAACACUUCGCACUUAAGUGCAGGAAAGGAGUUUAAGCUAAAGGGCAGUUAUUAUAAUGAUCAGUAAGUGCAAUCAAAAAUAUAAACCACAACGAAAAAGCAGAAUAGAUAUAGGUAGGAAACGAACUAUUCUUUCCUAGCAGCAAGGAAUUAAUUUAAACAACAGAGCUAAGAAUGAGUAUUAAAACACUUACGCGCUGCCGUCCGUCUCUUCUGGUGACUAAUCGCCUUCUUUAUAAAUAAAUAAUUAUUUAUUUAUUUAUAAAUAAUGAACAAAUGUCACCUUUAUUCAGUUAGGAUGUGUUAAAUUGAUCAAAAGUGACAUUAUAGGCAUUUAUAAUGUGACCAAAUAUUUCUAUUUCAAUUAAAUGCUGUUCUUUUGAACUUUCUAUUCAUCAUAGAAGCCUGGAAAAUACCGUGUACCACAGUUUCCACAAAAAUCAGCGAAACUGUUUUUGAUAUUGAGAAUAAAUAAAUAAAAAAUGAUUGAGUUCUGGAGUAAUGGCUGCUGAAAAUUCACCUUUGCCAACACAAGAACAAAUUCCAUUUUAAAAUAUGCAUUAAAAUUGUAAAAUAUUUCACUAUAUUAUUUAUUUUACAGUAUUUUCGAUCAAAUAAAUGCAGCCUUGGUGAGCAGAAGAGACUUAUUUCAAAAACAUUAAAAAUCUUACUGACCCCAAAACGUUUAAAAGACUUGGUAUGAGAACGCAUUUAAUCAUAUAUUUAGAUGCUUUUGUGCAGAACUAUGUGGCUUUUCAUGUUGAGUAGUCCAUUAAAUGAAGGGGAAUCCACAUGGCAGUGAUGCAGAAGAAAACAUUUCAUUGAUACCAUCCAUAGCGAACCCGCCAAACGUGUUUCCAUUCAUGCUAAUGAAAUUCUGAAACCCAUACAGACGGAGCAAAGCUGUUUGAAAGUGAAAGACAUCAGCUGACUGGUUCUGUCAUUCAUUUACUUGGUAAAAUGGUACUUUUGGAAUCAUUGUGUAAUAACAGGGAAGCCAUACAGCCAGAGAGAGCUAUAUAUAUCUUCACAAAAUAAACUGAGAUCAUCUAUAGGUUAUUCAGAUUGAAGAAGCUAAGCAGCCAGUGUGCUCAACUCUCAGUCAACUGCUAAAUGUAGCACGUACACGUUAAGGAAGACGUGCGAGAGAGAAUAAGAUUGAGCAACAGAAGGGUGUGAGAGGCGGAGUUUGAGUUCAAAAAAAGUAGGUUGUCUGCUUCUACUCAGUUUGUGGCUUUUAGUAUACAGAAUAGGUAGCAGAUUGCUGUUUGCUCUAAUGAUAGUGGAUCUACGGUGCAUUUUCGUGAUUUGAACAUGAAUGCCUGAAAGUAAUUUUAUCUGACGGCUCGAACUAAAAUCAUCAAGGUCUGAAGAGGAAAUAUGCUUCAGCUAAGUGAUGUUUAACAAACGCAGGAAGGACCUUCAUCACUUGAGCGCUGAUGGCGAGUAUAAGGGGCUCAGAAGAUGUGCUCAUUAACCGGAAAAAUAUUAGAAAUUUCCAAGAUGUCUGUGAGCAGUAUCCGAAGCAAGAACCAAAAUUUGACUGGCUUACUAAGUACCGUAAGGUGUCAAAAGGAGCUCGAUCACUAAGAAAGUCAAUUGGGGCAACGACUGUCAAGAUGAGUCAAAUGAAGAAAUUAGAAAGAGCACACGCAGCCAACAGCAGCGGACAGAAGAAAGAGGACGAGCGGACCAGAGGAGACGGCGUGCAUGAAAGUCAGGAGAGAGUGAAGAGUGAGGUGAGAGAUGACCUGAUCCGAAACUCCCAGCCCAUCCUGUCAAAUAAAUCCCAGAUGCUCGGCAUGCCCCAGUUCGGCCUGCGGGAUAACCUCAUCAAAUGUGAGCUCCUCAAGAACGAGGAUGCCUACACCUACAUCAAGAACUACAGCUUUUUCUUGGGCACCUACAAUGUGAAUGGCCAGAAUCCAAAGGAAAGUCUCAGUCCAUGGCUGGCAUCCACUGACACUCCUCCAGACUUUUACCUCGUGGGGUUCCAGGAGCUAGAUCUCAGUAAGGAGGCGUUUCUCUUCAAUGACACUCCUAAAGAACCUGAGUGGAUGUUAGCCGUCUACAAGGGUCUCCAUCCAGAUGCCAAGUACGCUUUAGUGAAGCUGGUGCGAUUGGUGGGCAUCAUGCUGUUGUUCUAUGUGAAGGCGGAGCAUGCGGCACACAUCUCUGAGGUGGAGGCUGAGACCGUCGGCACAGGCGUCAUGGGGCGGAUGGGUAAUAAAGGUGCAGUAGCAAUCCGCUUCCAAUUUCACAACUCGGACAUCUGUGUGGUGAACUCCCACCUCGCCGCACACACGGAUGAGUUUGAAAGACGCAAUCAGGACUUCAAGGACAUUUGCCGCAGGACUCAGUUCAGUCAAGAUGACCCCACACUACCGGCCCUCACCAUCAUGAAACACAAUGUUGUGUUGUGGCUGGGAGAUCUAAACUACCGAAUAAGUGACCUUGAAGUUGAUCAUGUGAAGGACUUGAUAGCUAAAAAGGAUUUUGAGACCCUGUAUAAUAACGACCAGCUGAAACGGCAGAUGGAUGAGGAGGUUGUGUUUGUGGGCUUCACAGAGGGAGAGAUUGAUUUCCAACCAACAUACAAAUAUGACACUGGCUCAGAUCAUUGGGAUACAAGUGAGAAGUGCCGAGUUCCAGCGUGGUGUGACCGCAUCCUGUGGAGGGGAAAGAACAUUAAACAACUUCAUUACCAGAGUCACAUGACCCUGAAGACCAGUGACCACAAACCCGUCAGCUCUCUGCUAGAGAUCGGGAUCAAGGUCGUGAACGAGGAGUCAUACAAACGGACGUUCGAAGAGAUUGUGAGACACAUUGACAGGCUGGAGAAUGAUUGUAUUCCUUCAGUGUCUCUGUCUCAAAUAGAGUUCCUCUUCCAGGAUGUGAAGUUCAUGCAGCAUCAGGCAAAGACUGUGACCGUUUAUAAUGAUGGACAGGUGCCGUGUCAGUUUGAGUUCAUUCCAAAGCUGGACGAGCCCGCCUACUGCAAGCCCUGGUUAACAGCAAACCCUGCUAAAGGCUUCUUGGCUCAAGGUGCCAGUGUGGACAUCGACCUGGAGGUGUUUGUGAACCGCUCUACAGCCCCAGAGCUGAACUCAGGCCAGCAGCAGCUGGAGGACAUCCUGGUUCUGCAUCUGGAGAGAGGUAAAGAUUACUUCAUCUCCAUCACGGGCAACUACCUGCCCAGCUGCUUCGGCUCGUCUCUCAGUACCCUGUGCCUGCUGAGAGAACCCAUCCAGGACAUGCCCCUGGAGACCAUCAGAGAGCUGAGUAUGAAGUCGAAUAGCGAAGUGAGUAACCCAGAGACUGAUAAACCUCAAGAAAUCCCCAAGGAAAUAUGGAUGAUGGUGGACCAUCUCUUCCGUUAUGCAAAAAAACAGGAAGACCUCUUUCAACAACCCGGCCUGCGCAGCGACUUUGAGGAGAUUCGGGAUUGUUUGGACACGGGCAGCUUAGACACUCUCCCUGGCAGUAACCACUCUGUGGCUGAAGCCCUGCUCCUGUUCCUCGAUGCCCUUCCUGAACCAGUGAUUCCCUUCUCCUUCUACCCACAGUGCUUAGACUGCUGCUCCGACGGCAUCCACUGUAGACAGAUCAUUUCUAUGCUACCUCAGCGCCAUAAAAAUGUUUUUAACUAUUUGACGGCCUUUCUUCAAGAGAUGUUAAAGUACUCUACACACAACCGGCUGGAUGUCAAUAUUUUAGCCCCGAUCUUUGCUGGCCUUUUGCUCAGGUCACCCACAAAGCAAGAUCUCACAGAGAAAAGAAAGGUGAAGGAGUUUUUCCAGCAUUUCUUGGUCCAGAUGCCCUCUGACAGAGACAUUCACGAUAAAUUACCUGAAUAAUGUACUGCAUCCUGUUGCCUUUAUUAUUUCACAUGCCUAGUUUUUCCAGGUAGCAGCAGAAUUAUGCCAAUAAACUUUGUAGUUGCCAUUUAAUUCAAAGCAUUUUAAACAGAUAUUGAAGCUAAUUUGUUUUAUUACGAAGCAAGCGGUAGUUUUUAUUUGAAAAAUAAUGGUUAUUUAAAUAUAUUUGUAUUUUGAUGUUUGUAAAUAAAAAACAGUUGUUCUUUUAUAUUAAAUCUCAACAAUUACAACA